AUGUCCGACGAUGAUGAUUUCAUGCAAGACUCCGACCAGGAGCAAUACGACUUUGAAUACGAAGAUGACGACGAAGCGGAGAGCGGCGACGUGGACAUCGAGAACAAAUACUACAACGCGAAACAACUGAAAGCAGACAACCCAGAAGAGGCGGUGCAAGAGUUUCUCGGAGUUCCCGAACUCGAACUGGAAAAGGGCGACUGGGGCUUCAAGGGACUCAAGCAGGCUAUCAAGCUCGAGUUCGCGUUGGGCCGCUACGAUGACGCCGUCAAGCACUACAAGGAGCUCCUCACGUACGUUAAGUCCGCCGUGACGAGGAACUACUCGGAAAAGUCGAUCAACAACAUGCUCGACUACAUCGAGAAGGUCGCCACGGAGCAGACGGCGUACAAGUGCAUGGAGGAGUUCUACUCGUUGACCCUGCAGACGUUCCAGAGCACCAACAACGAACGACUGGCACUGAAGACAAAUCUGAAGUUGGCCAAGCUGUAUCUGGAUAAGAAGGACUAUACACAACUCACGAAUAAAGUCCGGGAAAUCCAUCAGGCGUGCCAGAAGGAAGAUGGGACCGACGACCCCGGGAAAGGGACGUAUUCGCUAGAGGCGUAUGCGCUCGAAAUCCAGAUGCACGCCGAGAUGAAGAACAACAAGCGUCUCAAGAGUCUCUACCAGAAGGCGUUGACUGUCCGGUCGGCGGUGCCCCAUCCCAAAGUCCAAGGCAUUAUCCGCGAAUGCGGCGGCAAGAUGCACAUGAGCGAGGAGAACUGGAAGGAGGCCCAGAGCGACUUCUUUGAAUCCUUCAAGAACUACGACGAAGCUGGCUCGAUGCAACGAAUUCAAGUGCUGAAAUAUCUCGUGCUCACGACCAUGCUGAUGAAGUCGACCAUCAACCCGUUCGACUCGCAAGAAACGAAACCUUACCGAAAUGACCCUCGCAUUUCUGCCAUGACGGAUCUCGUGGAUGCGUAUCAGCGCGAUGAUAUCCACCAAUACGAAACAAUAUUAAAAGAAAACCAGGACCUUCUCGCCGAUUCGUUCAUCGCCGAAAAUAUUGACGAAGUCAGCCGCAACAUGCGCACCAAGGCCGUCUCCAAGCUUAUUGCCCCCUACAGUCGCUUCACGCUCCAAUUCAUCUCCAAGCACAUCAAGAUUCCGGUGAGUGAGGUCCGAGACAUACUGGGGGUCUUGAUCGUGGACAAGAAGCUCAAUGCGAAGAUCAACCAAGAAAAUGGCACGGUCGUGGUCGAGCCGACAGCGGAUGGCACAGAUCAUCUUUCGCGGGUCCGCGACUGGGCAAGCGCAGUGGAAAACCUGUGGUCAGCCGUGCUGAACGAUGGCGAGGGAUUCAAGCUUGAUGAUACUCAAGGCGGAGGGGCUUUUACCGGGGUGCUGAACUUCCCCCUGGGCUUUGAGACGGGGAAUGCCAUCCCAAGCCGCGGUUUGGGCCGCAGGGGGCCCGGCCGUGGUGGUCGAGCGGGCGGCAAGGCCCUUAUCACUUGA